GUCAAAACAGUGAGUCAAACAAUAUUGUUCUCACACCUGUGGUUUGUCAAGACCAGCAUCACAAUUUAAGCAGAGUGAAGAGGCUGCCUCAGGAAACUGAUUCUGGGUGUUAUGAAUGUUUUGCUUGUUGUGAGCAAAAUUGUUAGUUAUUUCACUGAAGUUAUUGGGCUUUUUUUUUUUUACUGCCCAGGCUAAGGAGAGAUAACUUGGCCAUCUUGAUAUGAGAGGCUGAAGGAUGAUGGCCCUGUAAAAUAUGUUAAGAUAGUCCUCAAUCCACUCAUUCUUCAAUUCCCUGCCAGGCAAAAUAUCGAUGUGGUUUUAAAUAUGCAGUAGCUAUGCUAUAGUACCUGCUGUUUUCUCAUCGGUUGCUAGGAAUCUAAAUGUGACCUGUAACUGUUUCAGCAUAAGCAAUGGAGAAAUGCAGGAUGUUGGUGUUGGACUUUAUCCCAGCAUGUCCUUGUUGAACAACAGUUGUGAUCCUAAUUGUGUGAUCAUCUUUGAGGGUCCCCAACUCCACCUUCGGUCCAUCCGGGAAAUGCAAUUGGGAGAAGAGCUCACCAUCAGUUAUACUGAAACUCUAAUGCCUACUCCUGAACGUCAGCGGAAUCUGAAGCGUCAAUAUUGUUUUCAAUGUGGUUGCAUCAUGUGCUCCACACAAAGCAAGGAUGCUGACAUGUUGGCAGGUGAUGAGCAAGCUUGGAAAGAAGCCGAAGAAGUUAUAAAUGCAAUAGGAGCACCAAAGUCACGUGAAGAGUGGGAGCAAGUUCUGUUGUCCUGCCAGACAUCACUGAAGAGCAACACCUCUCGUCUCCCAGACACCAACAUCUAUCAGCUAAAAUUACUUGACCUUGCCAUGGAUGCCUGCAUAAACCUGGGCCUUUGGGAAGAAGCUCUGCAUUAUGGUAACCGAACUUUGCAGCCCUACAGUGUUUAUUAUCCCAGCUUCCAUCCUUUGAGGGCUAUCCAGAUGAUGAGAGUGGCCAAGUUGCAGUUCCACCAGGACAUGUCCUCCCAGGCCCUUGAAACCUUGAAACAGGCUUAUGAUAUUAUGAAAGUGACUCAUGGGACAGAGCAUAGCCUCAUGCAGGACCUGAUGAUACUUAAAGAAGAGUGCGAAGCUGGCAUGCUAUUAAAAUAAAGAUGACGUGCAAGACACAACCUAGAAGGACAACAAAAAAAGGAGACUCAGAAGAAAAUAAGUAUCUUUCUCAACCAAACAUAUGGCAGUAAAAUUGCCAUAUAUAUUGAGUAGCUUUCCAUUGAUCUGAAUUCUGCAAGAAAAAAUAGUCUAGUUGUUUCAUUAUGUAAUCUUCACAUUAUUACUUUUGCUACUUCUCCAAAUGAAACUUUUCAACAAUCAGUAAUUCCAGCAAGAACUGCUUCCUGCUGAGAAAUGGGCUGAAAAGGCACCAGGAAAAUUCCAAGCUACAAGUUCUUUGUAAUUGAAAGUAUAGAAAAUGCUAAUUUGUGUAAGUGCAUUAUUAGAUGGGUAUAAAUUAAGACUCAUACCUCCGAAUACAUUGCAAGUAUUUGAAUUUGGUUUCAUCACUGUCCUUUUGUCCUAUCAUAAAUUGCUCCCUCUUCAAGGCGUUCUCAUUUCCGGGUAUGCAGUGAUUUGUUUUGUUUAUUUUAGAUUUAU